AUGGCGCUCUCGCCUUCAGCUCUGCACAACCCGGUCGUGCGGCUGCCGCCUGGCCCGCGCACGAGGGAGCACAUCCCCGUGUCGCUCCUGCCCCUCGCGUCGAACCGCAACGCCCACAUCACGCGCCUGUACAACCUCGUCGUCCACCUCGUCUCGCUCGCGCCCUCGCCCGCGACCCAUACGCGCACCGUGAGGGCAUGGCGCGCCCUCGCCCAGUGCCGCGAGGUCCACCUGAGCGUCCUGUGGAGCCUCGGCGCCGCCAUCAUCGACCGGGCGCGAGAAGGAGCAGCCGCCCGAGGCUCCCCCGGCGCCGACGGCCUCGUCGACGACGACGACGAGGCGCAGUGGAGGGCCGGGCAGCGCGCAGAGUGGCUUCGGUUCAACCAGGAGGGCGUCCUCGACCGCGUCAGCAAGUUCAACGAGUACAUCCUUGCCCUCGUCGCCGCCGGUCGCGCCGAGUUUGCCCUCGACGAGCUCGAGUCCUACCUCGACAACCAGCCGUACCACGACUCGAUCUCGCUCAACACCCUGUACGGCCUCCUCGCCCUCCUCGUCGCCCAGCCCGCCUCGCACUCGCACGCCGCACCUGCACCCUCCUCCUCGUUCGACACCUCUUCCUCGGACGACGACGGCACGUCUCGGUAUCGCGGUGGUCGCGCAGCAAAGCGCGCCAGGCUCAGCAGCCACGGCGAGAACGUUCAACCUGGUGACGAGUUCGACGAGCUGCUGCGGUCCAUCGCCUCGACCUCGCCGAGCCUGUUGCACAAGGCCGAGGAGCGGCUGCGGCGGGCUGCGCUGCUCGAGGAGCAGGCCGACAGGGAGGUCGGCAGGGAGCCAGGCCCAGGCGAGGCAGCGAGGUGGCUAGCUUUGAUUCAUCGACACUCGCAGAGAGGCGGUCGCGACGACUCGCCUCUUUGACGACCCGCUCUUCCGCCUUCUACUGUUCCACCACCCUGUUGUCGUCACACACCACAUAU